ACACGUCAUGCAUGCAUUGGUAGCUGCUUCAUCUUGAUGAGGACGCUACUUGUUUUAGCUCCCAUAGUAUAUAGUAUUACCCUCAUCCGUGACUUCCGUAUCACUCCUUCGGUACAACAGGCCUGUCCAAAGCACCGCUAUGUCUGCCAAGAUCGAAGACAUCACCGACAAGUCCUUCGACUAUGCCAUCAUCGGUGGUGGUACCGCCGGCCUUGCACUAGCUGCCCGUCUGAGCGAGGACCCAUCCAAGACAGCAUGCGUCUUGGAGGCGGGAGACCCCAACAUCAACGACCCAGCCAUUCUGACGCCCGCCUCAUACGGAUCCCAUUUCGGGAAUAAGCAGUAUGAUUGGAAUUUUGCGACGGCAAAGCAGACGUUUUGUUCUGACAGGGUCUUUCCAUGGUCUCGGGGGCGCGGCCUCGGCGGCUCGUCUAGUAUUAACUUUAAAAAUUGGAGCAAGCCUCCAGCGGACGAGAUCGACGAUUGGGAACGCCUCGGUAACCCAGGUUGGAACUGGAAGAAUUUCCAGAAGUAUGUGCAAAGGGCCGAACGCUUCGUCGAGCCAGCCGCUGAACUCCGCGAGAAGGCCAAUAUACCGCUGCACGAAGGAGACCUUGGCACUAAAGGUACCCUACCAAUUUCGUUCCCGAGGACUUUUAGCGAGGUCGAAACCUUCCUUAUGCAGACUACCAAGAACGCCGGUAUCCCGACUGCACCACGCCCAUACGGCGGCGACCCAAACGGGUUUUUCUGGAUGAUCAACUCCCUUGACCAAUAA